UCAACUCUCUCUCUCUCUCUCUCCAAUUUUCAAGACACGAGCGCGUUCGUGCCGUCUCUCCAAAGUUUUUAGCACUCCAAGCAACAACGCCUCUCUCUCUCUCUCAUUCAUUUUAUUUUGUGAGGGAGUGAUCUGAGGCUGGUUUUUAUAUACCCGGCUGAUUUUUCAGAUACUAAAGCGCGUCCUAUGCGUAUAUGAGCUUCACUCUGCAAUUUUAGGGUUUUUUGGACCGUGAUCUACUCCUCUCUCUUUCGGACUUCUCUCUAAUCAAUUGCAGAGGCUCAGAAUCAACCAUGCCUCUCAGACUCGAAAUCAAGAAAAAACUUGCCCAAAGGUCUGAAAGGGUAAAAUCUGUUGAUCUGCAUCCGACAGAACCAUGGAUUCUUGCGAGUCUCUAUUCUGGAAGCGUGUGCAUCUGGAACUACCAGUCUCAGACAAUGGCAAAGUCAUUCGAGGUUACAGAAUUACCAGUGCGAUCGGCAAAAUUCAUAGCUCGCAAACAGUGGAUCGUUGCUGGAGCUGAUGACAUGAUUAUUCGUGUGUACAACUAUAACACUAUGGAUAAGGUUAAAGUGUUUGAAGCACACACAGACUACAUCAGGUGUGUCGCUGUCCACCCAACACUACCGUAUGUGUUAUCAUCAUCAGAUGAUAUGCUUAUCAAGCUUUGGGACUGGGAAAAGGGUUGGAUAUGUACUCAGAUCUUUGAAGGGCAUUCACAUUAUGUGAUGCAAGUCACCUUUAACCCAAAAGAUACAAAUACUUUUGCAAGUGCUUCACUGGAUCGUAGUAUAAAGAUAUGGAAUCUGGGUUCGCCAGAUCCAAAUUUCACAUUGGAUGCACACUUGAAAGGGGUAAAUUGUGUCGAUUACUUCACAGGAGGUGAUAGGCCAUACCUAAUCACAGGAUCUGAUGAUCAUACUGCUAAGGUGUGGGACUAUCAAACGAAAAGUUGUGUUCAGACUCUGGAGGGACAUACACACAAUGUCUCUGCUGUUUGUUUUCAUCCUGAGCUUCCCAUAAUCAUUACAGGCUCUGAGGAUGGGACUGUCCGCAUUUGGCAUUCAACCACUUACAGGCUCGAGAACACAUUGAAUUAUGGUCUAGAAAGAGUCUGGGCAGUUGGAUAUUUGAAAGGUUCCAAUAGAGUCGUCAUUGGAUAUGAUGAAGGCACCAUUAUGAUAAAAAUUGGGAGAGAAGAGCCAGUUGCUAGCAUGGAUAGCAGUGGCAAAGUCAUUUGGGCAAAGCAUAAUGAAAUCCAAACUGUGAAUAUUAAGUCUGUGCCAGCUGAUUUUGAGGUUACGGAUGGUGAAAGACUACCUCUUGCUGUGAAGGAGUUGGGAAGCUGUGAUCUCUAUCCUCAAAGUUUGAAGCACAACCCUAAUGGGAGGUUUGUUGUUGUCUGCGGGGAUGGAGAGUACAUCAUUUAUACAGCUCUAGCAUGGAGAAACAGAUCUUUUGGAUCUGCCUUGGAAUUUGCAUGGUCUUCAGAUGGAGAAUGUGCGGUUAGAGAAAGCACUUCAAGAGUAAAGAUCUUCAGCAAGAACUUCCAGGAGAAGAAAAGUAUAAGACCUGCAUUUUCUGCUGAGCGUAUUUUUGGUGGAACCUUGCUGUCUAUGUGUUCGAAUGAUUUCAUCUGCUUUUAUGAUUGGGCUGAAUGUAGGCUGAUCAGACGUAUUGAUGUUAAUGUAAAGAAUGUCUAUUGGGCUGAUAGUGGUGAUCUUGUUUGCAUUGCAAGUGAUAUUUCAUUCUACAUCCUGAAGUACAAUAGGGAUGCUGUUUCAUCACAUUUAGAUAGUGGACGACCAGUUGAUGAGCAGGGUGUUCAGGAUGCGUUUGAACUUCUUCAUGAAACAAAUGAGCGGGUCAGGACUGGGAUUUGGGUCGGAGAUUGUUUUAUCUAUAAUAAUUCAUCUUGGCGGUUGAAUUACUGUGUUGGUGGUGAGGUAACUACAAUGUUUCACUUGGACCGGCCCAUGUACUUAUUAGGUUAUCUUGCAAGUCAGAGCAGGGUGUAUCUUAUUGACAAAGAAUUCAAUGUUAUGGGCUACACUUUGCUUCUGAGUCUUAUUGAAUAUAAGACGCUUGUCAUACGUGGAGACCUGGAACGGGCAAAUGAGGUCCUGCCUUCGAUUCCCAAGGAACAUCUCAACAGUGUGGCCCGCUUCUUGGAAACCCGAGGCAUGCUGGAAGAUGCUUUGGAAGUAGCCACUGAUCCUAAUUACAGAUUUGAUUUAGCAGUACAGCUUGGGAGGCUAGAGGUUGCAAAGGCUAUUGCUAUAGAGGUACAGAGUGAAUCAAAGUGGAAACAGUUGGGAGAACUGGCUAUGUCUACUGGAAAGUUAGAAAUGGCAGAGGAAUGUCUAUCUCAUGCAAUGGACUUCAGUGGUUUGUUGCUUCUCUAUUCUGCUCUGGGGGAUGCUGAAGGAAUGUCGAAACUUGCUUCACUUGCUAAAGAGCAAGGGAAGAACAACGUUGCCUUCCUUUGUCUAUUCAUGCUCGGUAAAUUAGAAGACUGCCUUCAAUUGUUGGUGGACAGGUUAGACCUCUCUCUCUCUCUCUCUCUCUGUUUGAAGGUGAACCAGAAAGCCGCUGAAUCUUUGGCAGAUCCAGAGGAGUACCCCAAUUUGUUUGAGGACUGGCAGGUUGCUCUGGCUGUUGAAUCCAGUGUAGCUCAAAAAAGGGAAACUUACCUUCUGGCAGAAGAAUAUUUGAGGUAUGCAGAAAGGAGAAGUUUCAAUCUCGUGGAAGAAUUUAAAAACAUGCACAUUGAAGGUGAAGGAGAAGAAGUAGAAGAAAUGCCUCUUGAAAAUGGGACUUUGGCUCAUGAGGAGGAAGAAGGUGUCGAUGGAGAAGUCGAAGACACGAAAGAUGCAGAUGCUGAUGAUUCGACAGAUGGGGCAGUCAUAGUUAAUGGGAGCGAGGCUGACGAAGAGUGGGGUAUGAAUAACGAAGGAACUGUUCCAUCAUCAGCCUAAGCUCCCAAUUCAUUGGUUGGCACUGUAAAAUCCAAAUUUUGUCUCCGUGUUAGAGCCACAUCACUGAGGUUGAUUCCAGCAGCUGUUCGUGCAAUUCAGAGAGGAUAUUCAGUAUGUUACGGAGGCGGUGAUUAUUUUCGAGUCACUCUCCCUGUAGCCCGCCGCAUAGAUUUUGUUGGGAUCUUAAUCUUCAUUUUCUGCUAUUUUUUGACAUGGAAUUAUUAGAUGUUCUACUCGUGUGAUCUGUAGGCACUUAGAGAUGACCGGCUCGGCCGGAGGUAAAUUGGUGCUCGUUGAAGGAAAAAGGAAAUUGUUUGGCUGUUUUCAGUUACUAUUUGUAUUUUUGUUAAAUUCAGAAAAUGUGGAAAAAAGGGACCCAUCCGCAUGUUGUACGAAGAGGAGCUUGGAGGGCAUUUGGGGAAAUUAGUUGGGGCCUCAGAGGUAAUACCCAUGCCCUUGUUAACACAAAUCAUUUUUACAUAGACGGGUUUUUUGUGCUUUGGAGGAUGGGACUUUCUGAAGGGCAAUUAUGUCAUGAAAGUUAAUCAUAGAACCUCUCGAGGAAUAAUCACAAGGGUCAUUUCGUUGACUAA